AAGAAGAAGAUGUUAUUUGUGGAUUAACUCAAUUUAUUUGAGAAGCGAACCGUUUCAAACGAUUCCGUUCGAUUCGAUGAACUGGUUCAACCGACUCACUGAGAAGAACCGGUUAAAUCAAACGAUUCGUUCAUGAACCGGACACCAGCGUGCGCUUGCUGUGUCUUCUGAGCUGUAGAAUUGAAAAUGCACAAGAGGACCCACACUGGAGGGAAACCUUACAUGUGUUCACACUGCGAUAGGAGAUUUGUUCAUAGAGCAACUCUGAAAACACAUGAGAGGACCCACACUGGAGAGAAACCAUACAAGUGUUCAUAUUGUGACAAGAGAUUAAUUUGUUCAGGACAACUGAAAACACAUGAGAGGACCCACACUGGAGAGAAACCAUACAAGUGUUCACACUGUGACAAGAGAUUCAUUCAGACAGCAACUCUGAAAACACAUGAGAGGACCCACACUGGAGAGAAACCAUACAAGUGUUCAUACUGUGACAAGACAUUCAUUUGUUUAGGACAACUGAAAACACAUGAGAGGACCCACACUGGAGAGAAACCAUACAAGUGUUCACACUGUGACAAGAGAUUUGUUCAGAGAGCAAAUCUGAAAACACAUGAGAGGACUCACACCGGAGAGAAACCUUACAAGUGUUCACACUGUGACAAGACAUUCAGUUGUUCAGGACAUCUGAAAACACACCAGAGGAUCCACACUGGAGAGAAACCAUACAAGUGUUCACACUGUGACAAGAGAUUCGUUCAGACAGCAAAUCUGAAAACACAUGAGAGGACUCACACCGGAGAGAAACCUUACAAGUGUUCACACUGUGACAAGAGAUACCGUUUAUCAGCACAUCUGAAAACGCAUGAGAGGACCCACACUGGAGAGAAACCAUUCACAUGUGAUCUGUGUGGGAAGAGUUUCACACAAUCAACAAACCAUAAGUUGCACAUGCACAUCCACACUGGAGAGAAACCGUUUACAUGUGAUCUGUGUGGGAAGAGUUUCAUAAUAAAACGCAGCCUUAAAGAGCACAUGAACAUCCACUCUGGGGAAAAACCGUACACAUGUGAUCAGUGUGGCAAAGGAUUUGUAAGGUCUUCGGACCUAAAGAUUCACCUGACACUUCAUACAAAGAAGAAACGUCUGUAUUCAUGUUCUUUGUGUGGAAAGAGUCUUCCACUGCUGAAAAGUUUAAAAACACAUCAGAAAAGACAUACUGCCAAAAAAGCUUAUAUGUGCUUUGAGUGUGAGAAGACUUUUUUUACAAAUGAGCAUUUGAAAAUGCACCAGAGAACUCACACUGGAGAGAAACCUUACAUGUGUUCACAUUGCGACAAGAGAUUCAGUUCUUCAUCAAAUCUGAAAAAACAUGAAAGGACUCAUACUGGAGAGAAACCAUACACAUGUGAUCAAUGUGGGAAGAGCUACACUGAAUCAUCUUCUCUACAGAGACAUAAAAAAUCAUCCACAGCCCGAAAUCAUAAUAUGUGUACAAGAAAGAAAAGUCCAAAGUUGUCACGGUGAAUAAAGUUCAAGACUUCAAGACUUUUCAAGAGAUUCAGAUCAACUCAUAGAUAGUUGCUUCCCAAAAGAACAUCAUCUAAUUGUUUUAUUCUUGUUUCUCAAUUUGCUUCAUAAUAUAAUCUCUCAUUAUGCUUUAUAAUUUCAAGUUAGAUUUUUUUUUUUUACUCCAUUUAUGAAAAAGUGGACUUUUUAGUCGUGUGGACAAAAAAGUGACAUGAAGAAGUGUCCAUCUUAGUUUUAGGAAAUACAUUGAUCUGGUGUUUGUUUAAUUGUUAAUCUUAUAAUCUUAUAAAUGCUCGACCAUUUGUGAUGCACUUGGUUUGGUUGUAAAUCAAUAAUUUUCUCACAAAUUUUCAAGUAAUCAUGUAUUAAAUAAUCAUGUAUUUUAUCAACGUUUAUUGACCAUUUUUAAUGUCUAAUGAUGCUACUUGCGACAAUAGUUUAAUCAGUAUUAUUAUUAAUUUAAUAAUUUUGGGUUUAUCCGAAAGCCAUUACCUGAUACGAUUGCUUUUUAGACUUUGUUAUGUUUUAAAU